AUGGCGUUUGGCAGUCGAGUUAGCAACGAGCCCUGGCGGCGAGCAGUUCCCUCGGAAAACCAUGGCCAUGGCCGAGCGCCAACUGUCUCGGCCAUGAGCGACGGCCCAGUCUACUACGAUGACAUCUCGCACCCGUUCGAUCUCGGGACGAGGGUCUCCCGUCACGCUUUACAUGGGUAUCCGGCAGCGUCUUCCUGGACCGUUUCGUUUCGUUACAACGGCGCCGGUGGUGGGUAUGCACCACCGGCUUGUGGUGUCCCCGCUGCGGCGACACCAUGCGUGGCCCCUGGCGGCUUUCGCAGACCGACCUACGCGCCAUACGCGCCGCCAAAUAUGCCAGAGAGUAUCCAAGAAGAAGAAUACGACUUGUCUCUGCUAAAAUCAGCGGCUCCCAUGGAUUCUGGCUCCAGUGUCUACGCUGCUCCCGAAGAUGAGGAGGUGCACGCCCAAUUUGACAUAACGUCCGCAAUGGGCCCCAUGGCGUCCCAUGACGCAGAGUUCCUGAAAAGCCUGCAAGAACAAGAAGCUCGAGGGCUGCUAAGAGGGGGACUGGGACGAGGCAUCCGGCCAAGGUCGAUUUUGCGAGAUACAGAGCUGCUGGCGAGGUCGAUAUCCCCCAUGAGGAGUUUAGCCCGGUCCUUUACGCGACGGCGCAAGUCGACGAAACCGCUUACCAGAAAAGAGACGAUUCGGCUCCAAGGCCAGGACGAAGCCAACCGAAGGGGCGAGGUUAUCGAGGUCGUUUUAGAAACAGCACCCGCCGAUCUGAGCAACUUUGAAGGCUCCAGCAUGCUUUGGGACCCGGAUAGCCGAAGGGCAACUCUUACAGGCAAGGAGCAGCCGACGGAAAUCUUUUAUCCUCAGCCAAACUGGAAACCGUGGUCCAUGAGGUGGCCGUAUCUCGUCAUGAUGGUCUGCCUUUCGGUUGCGUUGGCAGCCAUGCAGGAAUUCUUAUUUCGGAAAUACAGCAGUGGGCCGCUUCUGCGGUUUCAAAAACCCUCCGACGUCACCGCCGGUCUUUAUUUCGCUGUAAAGUUUGCGCCGACACUGUCAGCCGUCGUUUAUGGUGUCUUGUGGCAAUUCAUUGACUUUGAGGUGCGCCGCCUGGAGGCAUACUAUCAGCUGUCGAAGCCAGGUGGCGCCCUAGCUGCCGAAUCCAUCAACGUUGACUACGUCACGAGCUUCAACUUCUUGCGGCCUUUCCGCGCACUGAAGCUGGGGCAUUAUGCCGUGGCCUUGAGCUCGAUUGCCACGACUCUCGCCAUCUCCCUGGUUCCUACUUUUGCAUCCGCGUCGAUUAUACUCUCUCCGAGCCGACAAGAGCGCAUGAGCCACCCCAACGGCGACAAGUUUCUUCAUUUUUCCCCAGCUUGCUCCCGACUUUUGACCUCGACCCUUGUAGUAUGUGCUGUUUGUGGAAGCGGACUGCUCUUUCUUUUGCAGACCCGCCGCACCGGGCUCCUAGCAGAUGUUCGGGGCAUUGCUGGCAUAGCGUCCAUGGCCGUCGUCAGCCACAUCUUGAUGGACUUCAAGGACAUGGACACGGCCAAGCAUAGGGAUAUCCAUCACAAGCUCAAGCACAACCGAUACAUUCUCAGAAACUCCUCCCUGGCACCCGACGAUGAGAACCCAGCCACGUCGCAGGAAAGAAGCAGAUAUGAGGACAUUCACUUGUCCGAAAAUCCUCACCCGCUAAUGUUGCGACCAGCUGGCUUCGGACCCUUCGUCAUCAGUCUCUGGGCCUUUAUGGCGUUUGUUCCCGGAUUUCUGUUCAGCCGAGCGGAUGUCGUGACCGACAAAGCGCCGUGGUUUGUCGCAGCCGUGGCGGUUUGCCUAAAAAUGAGCUGGAACGCCCUGGAAACAGCGGUGCGGAUGAUGGAGCCAUACUACAUUCUCUCGAAGCGACACGCGCCGUCCAAGACGUUGACUCUGGACUACACUGCGUUGCCCUUUGGCUAUCUUCCAAUCCGAGCCCUUUUCAACGGACACAUGGUCAUGUUCCUCAUGGGCUUUGGCAGCGUGAUAGCCGAGUUCCUAACAAUAUUGGUGACCGGACUGGCCACUGUAGACGGCAAGGACUUUUUGCUCAACGGGGGCGGCGGCGGCGGCCAAGGCAGUCUGAUCAAUUCAGGACAAGAGACGAUUCUGUCGUUUUACAUCUCGUUUGGCGUCGCCGUCUUUAUUCUCCUGUACAUGAGCAUUGUGUCUAGCCUGGUGUUUUUGCGCCGACGGCACCCCUUCCUGCCCCGCCAGCCAAACACGAUUUCCUCGGUCCUGGCGUUUAUCCACCAGAGCAAGAUGCUGCACAAUUUUGUGGGCACGGACAAGCUGAGCAGCGCUGAAAUGGCAAAGAAGCUGCAAGACGGCAAGACGUACGGCCUGGGAUGGUUUCACGGUCGCGAUGGGCAAAUACACUGCGGGAUAGACGAGGAAGAGUUGACGAGCUUCUACAAGCAUGGGGUUGACUGCAAGCAAAGGAAUCAACCGUGGAAUACCCAGUGGGAUGUAUUAUGA